GUCGCGUUCGUGCAGCACACCUCCAGCCCAAAGCGCCCGCUCCUCGCCCUCGCCAUGGCCCGCGGCCGCCGCCAAGACCCCAACCUGCCGCCGUCGCGCCAGCUGCUGACGCAGCGCGCCUUCCGCGACCGCAAGGCGGCACACGUGCGCGGCCUCGAGGAGAGCGUCAAGACGCUCACCGCCGAGAACGAGGCGCUGCGCCUGCGCCUCGACGAGCAGCAGGCCGGCGGCGGCGCCUGUGAGUCGUGUCGCGAUGCGCGCGAGCGGCGAAGCGCAGUGGCCGGAGGCAUGGCGCGCGUCGACUUCCAGCUCGUGACGCUGGCACACGCCAUGUCCAACCUGCACACGGCCAUCGGGCAGGCCAGCAGCGAGCUCGUGGACCGCGGCGAGGGCAGCAGCACGGGACGGCACGCGUACGACGCCAGCCAGGGCAUGUUUGGCAGUGGCUUCCAGACUGCCGGUCCGAGCUCAGGGAUGAUGCCCGACCCGAGCGCCUGGGGCCAGCGACCAUCAUCGUCGAGCGGCAGCGCCUCGCGUCCAAGAGCGCCCGGCUACGCAGAGCUGGCGUCGGGACAGGGCAGUCGCAAGCGCACGUCGAGCGACUUCUCCAGCCUGCUCGAGUCGCCGCUUGCCGUGCCGCAGAGUCUGGCCGCCGGCUCGACGUCCAUGGACGCGUGGGCCACUGGCCCUUCGUUCGCUCCACACGUCGUCGGCCCUUCGGUGCCGCUGGCGAGUCGGCAGCACGACCCAGCAGCGCCCAGCCGCACGACCAGCCACGGCGAUCCCUACUCGCGCCCCGGCAGCAGCAGCGGCGUCUCGUCGUCUGCGCCCACCGCCAGUGUGCAGCAGCUGCUGGCGCUGAUGCGUGCCCGCGGCGAGCUGCCGCGUGAUGCGUCGGCGGACGGGCAGCAUGCUCAGCCUGCUGCUGCACACGUGCAGCGGCAACGAACAGCGUCCAGCUCGUCGGAACGACCAGGCCGCAGCGGCCGUGCCUCGGACGACACGUCGUCCAGCGGCGCAAGCCAGGCCGCGAGUCCGGCAGACGCGCCGCUGCUCUCGCUCUCCGUGCCACCGCCUUCGUCCGAGAGCGUCGCCGGCUUCCACCAGCCGACAGUCGCCACCGAGCUGGCGGGCUGCACGGCCGACGUCGACUCGUGCUGCUGGGGCAUGCUCAACUGCAAGGACGGCACCAUCCUUCUCUGACCCUUCAUCCCGCAUUGGUUGCGCCGGGCGAUGCAUCGUCGCUCGACGCCUGUACAUGGACGAUACUGUAGCUAUAAGUUGAUGAUACGUGACGGGCCGCGUGACAUGAUGGGAUGGGACAAGGGCAGAUCUAGAGCGGAAGAAGGGGCAGCAAGUCUAUAGAAUGUGUGCGGGGCGGAGCUCAGCGGCUGGUAGCGAUGUGCACGGCCUGCGAGUUGAGCGCAUUCAUGGCGGCAUAGCGGAACGUGUCGGGCACGCUGCUGCCAGUGUCGUUCUCGUAGCGCAGAAUCGUGCCGUUGCCGUUGCCGUACAGCGGCCAGCGCGG